AUGGAUAGACGCACUCCUUACACUCUGAGCGUUCUCGCGCCUAGCACAAGUGGGGGCGAAGAGUCGAAAACUGCUGUUCAAAACAGAUUAAAGGACUUUGUGCUACAAUUUCAGCUGGACAAUGCAUUCAUUUACAGAGAUCAAUUACGACAGAAUGUACUUGUAAAGCAAUACCACUGUGAUAUUGACAUCGCCCACCUUAUCUCCUUUAAUGAGGAAUUGGCGCACAAACUCACCACUGAGCCCGGCGAAAUCAUUCCUUUGUUCGAAUUAGCCCUACAAGAUUGCACUCGUCGCAUUCUAUUCUCUGGUGAUCGAGAAAUCACCCUUCCAUCCCACCAACUACUUCUCCACUCCUCGGCAUCGCACAUUUCCAUCCGUGACCUGAACGCCACCAAUAUCUCUCACCUGGUCCGUAUUCCUGGUAUCGUCAUCGGAGCCUCGACCAUCUCAUCAAAAGCGACCAUUGUUCACGUGCGGUGCAAGAAUUGCGACUUCAGCCUUAAUAUCACUGUCGACGGUGGAUUUUCUGGUCUAUCCCUUCCCAGAAAAUGUGGACGCCAAAAGGAACCUGGUGACCAGCCCGGCGAGGAAUGCCCACUUGACCCAUAUGUCGUGCACCAUGAAAAAUGCCAGUUUGUAGACCAGCAGGUGCUCAAGCUACAGGAAGCCCCCGACCAGGUGCCGGUGGGUGAAUUGCCACGCCAUGUCCUGAUAUCUGCCGACCGGUAUCUUGCAAACAGAGUCGUCCCCGGUUCGCGCUGUACCGUCAUGGGAAUCUUCUCCAUCUACCAGGCGAAGGGUGUCAAGAAGGACGCCGCUGUGGCCAUUCGCAACCCGUACCUGCGUGCCGUGGGCUUGAACACUGAUGUGGAUCAGACUGCCAAGGGAAAUUCUGUCUUUUCAGAAGAGGAAGAGCAAGAAUUCUUGGAGCUGAGCCGCCGCCCUGACUUAUAUGAGGCCAUGGCCAGCAGUAUUGCUCCAUCUAUCUAUGGAAACGCCGACAUCAAGAAAGCUAUCGUCUGUCUUCUCAUGGGUGGCUCAAAGAAGAUUCUCCCUGACGGAAUGAAACUUCGUGGUGAUAUUAAUGUUCUCAUGCUGGGUGACCCCGGUACCGCCAAGUCCCAACUCUUGAAGUUCGUUGAAAAAGCGGCCCCGAUUGCCAUCUACACCUCCGGAAAAGGUUCCUCGGCAGCUGGUUUGACUGCCUCUGUACAGCGUGAUCAUACUACACGCGAGUUCUAUUUGGAAGGUGGUGCCAUGGUCCUUGCUGACGGAGGUGUGGUUUGUAUCGAUGAGUUUGAUAAGAUGCGCGAUGAGGAUCGUGUAGCAAUCCACGAAGCCAUGGAGCAGCAAACUAUCUCUAUCGCCAAGGCUGGUAUCACAACCAUUCUCAACUCCCGAACAUCUGUCUUGGCCGCCGCCAACCCAGUCUUCGGUCGAUACGAUGACUUGAAGACCCCAGGCGAGAACAUCGACUUCCAGACCACCAUUCUGUCCCGUUUCGAUAUGAUUUUCAUUGUUCGUGAUGAUCACGAGCGUGGCCGUGAUGAGAAGAUCGCUCGGCACGUCAUGGGUGUUCAUAUGGGCGGUCGUGGUUUGCAGGAGCAGGUUGAAGCCGAAAUUCCAGUCGACCAGAUGAAACGCUAUAUCAGCUAUUGCCGAAGUCGCUGUGCUCCUCGCCUCUCGCCUGAAGCCGCUGAGAAACUUUCAUCUUACUUUGUCUCCAUUCGAAAGCAAGUUCACCGAACUGAGAUUGAGUCCAACGUCAAAUCAUCUAUUCCCAUUACUGUGCGUCAACUUGAGGCUAUUGUCCGUAUCACUGAGUCUUUGGCAAAGUUGUCACUCUCGCCUAUUGCCAGCGAGGCCCAUGUCGAUGAGGCCAUCCGACUCUUCCUCGCGUCGACCAUGGAUGCUGUCAACCAAGGCGAUGGCCAGGGUAAUAAGGACCUCAACCAGGAGGCAUCCAAGAUUGAAGACGAGCUCAAGCGCCGUCUUCCUGUUGGAUGGAGCACCAGUCUGGCGACACUGCGUCGUGACUUUGUCGACACCAAGGGUUAUUCCGAGCAAGCCCUCAACCGUGCCAUCAAUGUUUUGCAGCGGAGAGAAACCAUCCAGAUCCGCUCUGGUGGCUCUCAGAUUUGGCGAAACACUGCAUAA